CAGAUCGCUUGAAUGCGGUAAAUGUUUAUUUUGGCGGUUGAAUACUCAUGACAUUUCAAAUGUCAACACAUCUUUCAAUGACACAAUAAACAUUGUUUUUAUGAUUAAACAUAACAUAACCUCUAUGUUUACUGGAAGAAACUGUUGAAAAUAUUCUCUUUAAAAUUGCCACAAAUAUUUAAAUGUUAAAUAGAUAUGAAUAAAUUAGUAUCGCUGAAUAUAAAUCAGUUAGUGCAAUGUUACAAGACGAAAAGUAUUGAUCCAAAGGAUGUGACGAAGAUCUGUUUAGAUUUAGCCAAUAAGUAUAAGCAUUUAAAUUGUCUCGUGAGCGUAUGUAGCGAACAGGCGGAGGAAAAGGCACGACAAUCAUCAGAAAGAUGGCAAAAAGAGAGAGCAAUAGGUGAAUUGGAUGGUGUGCCGAUUGCAAUAAAGGAUAACUUCUGCGUCAAAGGACUGCCAACAACAUGUGCAUCGAGAAUGCUUGAGAAUUUCGUACCUUCAUACAAUGCAACGCCAUUCGAUCGCUUGGACGAUGCUGGAGCGGUGCUCAUUGGAAAGACGAACCUUGAUGAAUUCAGUAUGGGCUCAGGAGCAGUUGAUUCGAUUUUUGGGCCAACCAAAAACGUUUGGCGAUCUGACGAAGGUCACAUAGCUGGGGGAAGCUCAGGUGGUUCGGCCGUAGCCGUUGCGACUGGCAGUUGUUUUGCUGCCUUGGGAUCAGAUACAGGCGGUUCAGUACGAAAUCCGGCUUCAUACUGUGGACUAAUUGGUUUGAAACCAACGUACGGCUUAGUUUCGCGACAUGGUCUAAUUCCGUUGGUUAAUUCUAUGGAUGUACCAGCAAUUUUGUCUCGUUCCGUUGACGACUGUGUUGCAAUUUUGAACGCCAUUGCUGGUCCAGAUUCAAAAGAUGCUACAUGCAUUCGAAAGCAUUACAGUCCAAUCGAAAUACCAAAAGCCGAUGAUAUUUCAAUGAAAAAUAUUCGAAUUGGAAUCCCCAGAGAGUAUCAUUGUAAUGGCCUUUCAAAAGAUGUGUUGGAUACGUGGAUCAAAGUGGCCGACAUUCUCGAAGAUUCCGGUGCAAAUGUUGUGGAAGUUUCGCUACCAAAUACUGAGUCAUCGAUAUUCGUGUACACAAUUCUGAAUCAAAGUGAAGUAAGCAGUAAUAUGGCCCGGUAUGAUGGCAUCGAAUAUGGAUAUCGCACCAAAGAAUGGAGUAGCACCGAACAAUUUUUCGCCAUAAACCGACAAAUCGGUUUCAAUAGUGUUAUUAAAAAUCGCAUACUGUGUGGAAAUUAUUUCUUGUUGAGCAAAAAUUAUGAUAGGUAUUAUUUGAAAGCACUUAAAGUACGCAGGGCAAUCAGCAAUGAUUUCGAGCGUGUGUUUCACAACAAAGACAAGAAACAAAAUGUAGAUCUCAUUUUAACGCCCACCACAUUGAGCGAUGCGCCACUUUUUACGGAGUUCACACAAAAUAGCAAUCGAGAUCAGUGUGCGGUGCAGGAUUUUUGCACACAGGCAGCAAAUAUGGCUGGUAUUCCAGCAGUAGCAAUACCAAUUCGACUAUCAGAUCGAAAACUACCAUUGAGCUUACAAUUGAUGGGCCCAAAGAAUUCAGAGAAACAACUACUCACCACGGCUAAAUGGAUUGAAAAUCAAGUCAAUUUCCCAUUUUUCCAAUUUUUGCAGGAGAAAUGAAAUAAACGAUAGCAACUUUUUGUUGAAUUUUUAAUUUCA